UCACAUCUAUUUUCGUUACUUGAAUCACUCCCCAAAGUUGGGGAAGUUGACGAAAUUUUAGCGAAGUGAAAAAGUGGUUCAAUUUGCAUGCUUCACAGAAGUGCUUAUUGUCAGAAGUCAUUAAAGUCUUCAUAAAUAUCCUUGGUUUAUUGGUGACAGGCCUAAAUUACUCUGACAUAACGUAGAUCAUUCCUUGGGAGAAAGAACUUCGUCAGCAAAAUGGAGUGGUUGUUUGGCAAGAAAAAGACCCCUGAGCAAAUGCUUAGGCAGCAUCAACGAUCAUUAAAUCGUGCAAUAAGAGACCUUGACAGAGAGCGCACCAAAAUGGAAAAUCAAGAGAAGAAAGUAAUUAAUGACAUAAAAAAGAUGGCAAAAGAAGGGCAAAUGGAUGCUGUAAAGAUCAUGGCAAAGGAUUUGGUCAGAACAAGAAGAUAUGUCAAAAAGUUUAUUUUGAUGAAAGCAAAUCUACAAGCUGUCUCUUUGAAAAUACAGACAUUGAGAUCAAAUGAUGCAAUGGCUAGAGCCAUGAAAGGUUGUGCCAAGACAAUGGCUCAAAUGAACAAGCAGCUCAAACUACCCGAGAUUCAAAAGAUUAUGAUGGAGUUUGAAAAGCAGUCAGAGAUAAUGGACAUGAAAGAGGAAAUGAUGAAUGAUGCAAUAGACGAUGCUCUUGGGGAUGAAGAUGACGACGAAGAAAGCGAGGCCGUCGUUAGUCAAGUUCUUGAUGAGUUGGGUCUCAGCUUAACAGAUCAGUUAUCCGGAUUGCCUGAAGCUGGUGCAUCGUUGAAAACAAGCCAGAAAGCACAACCAGCUGCAGCCGCUGCAGAUGCCGAUGCUGAUUUGCAAGCAAGGCUGGACAAUUUGCGGAGGGAAUGAUCGAGUUAGAAAUGGGAGUUUCCAAUCUUCACUUAUCUAUUCACGGAACAAAAGAUUUGUAUAUUAAUUUUUAUACCUUAUACAAUAUUAAAUAGACUUUUAUUGGAAAGGUUACAUUGUUUAGACAGCAAGGUGCAUCUUUGAAAUGAGAUUCUUUACAGCAUUUUAGUAAAUUAGCUAAAAAAAUGUUGUUAGCUUGUUGAUGCUAAUUUGUGCACCUAUAUAUUUGUCGACGAACACUCUCUUUCUGUUAUUUAUCAAAGAUUGGUUCUAAUCACGUGACAUCUAAUAAAAUUCUACGGGACAUCCCGCGAUUUUCUGCAUAAGCCUCUUCGUGUCAUUGCCUUUCGCCUUGACGAAUCAACUUAAACUUUAAGUAAAUUAAGUUAAAUAUUUUAUGGACCAAUAAUAGCUUUCGAUUGUAACUUUGACAACUAAACUCUGCUGACAAAUAGCUUUUUCAAGUAUUAAAGUAUAUCGUUUAUGUAAGGUGGCUCAUCAGUCCAAAGUAAAGUGAUUACUCAAUUUAGGCUCAUCAGUCGAAAGUAGUUUGAAGCAAUAGGGGGAUUAAAUGGUUAGUUUAUGGCGUUUAACAAAUAUAAACUAAGGAUUAAAGCUACUUAACGGUAAAGUUUUAUUUGUAGAAGCUGUUGAUUAUAACCUUAAAUUUUGUUUCUUUAGCAACAUGGGAGGUGUCAAUUUUCGUUAGGAAAAGGUGUUUUAUGUAUAAUCAAACGUGUUUAGUUUGAAGCUCGUUUUCGCGAAGUUAAUCACUUUUUGCCGCGUUUGUAUGAAAUAUUACGUUUUCCCCUUACAUUAAAAUAAAUAUUGCAUCUGGUUAUAUUUCAAAUAUUUGUGCCCGA